GAGAGGAGGGAAGUGGGGAGAGAAAGAGGGAGGGUUGAGUUGGAAGCAUGAAGGCAAGGUGAAAAGUGUGAAGCAAACAAACGAGUGAGAGGGAGUCUCGUAUCAUCCGGCGUAACGAAGAAGAGGAAAUCAUAGCCAUAGCCCUGACCCUGUGCACAUAACCUGAAGCAAAGGAUCACAGUGUAACUAGACAGACAGAGAGAGAAAGUGACAUAGAUAAUAGGAACACUCCGGAGCAUUUGACUGGAUAAAAGGCUGUCGGAGAGGGAAUGUAUCUUGGUGGCUCAUCUUCAGGGAGCCUCCCGGCUAUGUAAGGACGUCUGUGGAUAUUUGUAAGGAUUGCUUAAUUAGGGAAGAUACUUUGGGAAUAUUGCAUUGGGAAGCCGGAAUAGUGUGCCAUGAGUGGGAACAGGAGGCGGAAGAGGGAUUGCUGAAGCAUGGAGCAGGGGCGGAGAGAUGGGAUCUCUUCAUCCAGUGAGAACCCUCGGCCGGUGGUCAGGAGUGGGGCAGAUGGAUUGGGCGUGUCCUGGCAGGGUCCACGUACACUGGUGCUCCAUAAGAACUCUCAGGGCUUUGGCUUCACACUACGUCACUUCAUCGUUUACCCGCCAGAGUCUGCCCUGCACACCAGUCUCAAGGAUGAAGAGAACGGGAAUGGAAAGGGGCUCCAUCGGAGUUGUCUGGAGCCCAUGGACAUCUUCGUUAAGAAUGUGAGGGAGAAAGGCCCCGCCCACCAGGCUGGUUUGUGUACAGGAGACAGGCUGGUUAAAGUGAAUGGAGAGAGUGUGCUGGGGAAGACAUACUCACAGGUCAUUGCACUGAUUCAGCACAGUGAGAGUGUACUGGAGCUCUCCAUCAUGCCAAAGGACGAGGACGUGCUGCAGCUGGCAUAUUCCCAUGAUGCCUACCUAAGAGGGAACAAUCCAUAUACAGGAAAGGCCCAAAAUCUUCCUCCACCACCCCCUGUCCUCUACCCUCCUCAUACAAAUUCACAGCCUCCUGCCCUGGCCGGCCCUGCCCCAGCUUCUUCUCACAUGGGGCAAAACCAGCUGGACAAUUGGAGCCGCUGGCCCGGCUCCUCCUCUGGUCCCUCUCCGCCCCUUGACAACCGGACAGUAGCUUCCAAUGCUGUCUGGGCAGCCGAGGGCAGGAGCUAUGAGCCAGGAGGUGUUGGUCACAGUAGCCCUGCACACCGAACUGAGGAGAUCCAGUAUGGAAUGACUGACAGGGGACCGCAGGCAACCGGACAAAUGAGAGGACGCACCUCAGGAGGGAUGAUGAGCCCAUUGCAUCAUGCUCAUCUUGCCAACCACAACAUGGGUACUGCUGUGGGGCACAUUGGAGGCCGCAAGGAAAGCCCACCUUGGUCCAGCCCUUCUCAGUCAAUAUCAACACCCCCAUCCAGCCGCAGCGAUUGCACCCAACAAGCGCUUUCCAACUGGUACUAUAGCCAAGUACCUGGUCGGGAGCGGGAACGAGAACGAGAGCGGGAGCGAUCUGUUUCUCGCUCCAUGCACCCACGCCAGAGGAGUUUCUCACAGGACCGUCUAGGUGAUAUUGGGAGGGCCACGCGUUCACAGCAAGCAGGUUUUCCCCACAGUGCAUCGCAAGACACAUUGCUGUUGCUUCAGCAGAGCUCAGCAGCGUACACUGAUCCCCACUGGAACCAUGGAGACUGGCGGGGUGAGCAUGCGUAUGGACAGCACCCAUCUGCAGUGGCCUAUGGGCGCAAGUCCUCUGAAAACCUUCUAGUAAGCCGGUACGGACAUUCAGCACGUUCACUGGAAACUCUCGACAGAGCUGUAGGGAUACUUUCACCACGACUCGAAAGAUCUACUUGGGUCCACCAGCCCCCUAAAAGGACUGAAAGCUAUCUGAGACAUGCCGGACGUUGUGGCCAACACACAGAGUCACACCACCAAAUCCAGCAACACCACACACCACAACACCAUCAACACACACCUCAGCAUCAAAACCUCACACAUGCAAUACACCAACACUCCUAUCAGACUCCGCAACCACAGCAGGCAGCUCCACAGGCAAGACGUUUGCCUUCUUGCCAGAGUCUAGACGAGGAGCAGGUUGGCUAUCGUAGCUACAGCCCCUCUUUCAACCGGAAGACUGGCCGUAUCUUGCAGCAAGCCCAGUCAUUCAGAGACCCCUCUUACACAGGUCCACACCUCUGGACCCCUACACCCAAGACCAGUUCCCCAGAGGGGCUUCCACACUCAGCCACUCCUUCCCCAGCUCCACCAACCACCUCUUCUACAACUGCAAUCCCCACACCCCCUGAAGGACAAGACAGAACUUACCAACCCACUAAUCAUGACAGAGGGGCAGGGGAAGCAACAGGUGAAGCCCAGACACAGGAAGUGGUUCUGAGGCAGAAACCCCCCACCGGCCGCAGGGGUGCGAACGCCUUACGACAUCCACAUUAUGGCAUAGCUCUUGACUCCAGUGACCCUCUACUCUAUACCUCUGAUCCUACGGAGCCCCCUACCAAAGCGGAAAGUGCUAUUUCUCAUCGCCGUACAAAUGGUAACCUACCACCACUAUCCAUAGAGGAUGAUUCCCUCGCGUCAAUUCCCUUCAUAGAUGAGCCGACCAGUCCAAGUGCAGAUCUGCGGGCAUGUCAUGUCCCCGCCUCCUCCGUCGUGUCCAGUGGCAGUAUAAACUCCGCCCCUCCUGUGGCCACAAGCCCCGCCUCCCCAACCUUCACCUUUCCCCUCAACCGCCUUUUCUCCCACGACUGCACAGGUGAUCCCAAGUCUAAUCGUCGCUCCUCUUACCUGCUGGCCAUCACCACUGAACGCUCCAAGUCAUGUGAUGAGGGGCUUAAUGUGUAUAGAGAAGAGGGGCGGGUCUUCUCGAGGAUUCCAAAAAGAGUCAAGAGCUUCUUUACUGAAGGGUCUCUGGACAGUCUGGCUGCUGCGGAAGAAGCUCGCUCUAAACGACACUCUACCUCGGAGCUGGGCAACAUCAGCUACAGUGACGUGAAGAGAGAAGGCUGGCUCCACUUUAAACAGAUCCACACAGAGAAGGGCAAGAAGGUGGGUAGUGCCAUCUGGCCUUGGAGGCGGGUGUUCUCUGUGCUUCGGUCCCAUUCUUUGUUCCUGUACAAAGACAAGCGAGAGGCAGUGCUCAAAGGCGCAGCGCUGGGAGGCGGGGCUGAAGAGGAGCAGCCAAUCAGCAUCCGGGGCUGCCUUGUGGACAUUGCGUACAGCGAAACGAAGCGCAAACACGCACUGAGGUUGACCACACAGGACUUCUGUGAAUACCUGCUACAGGCGGAGGACAGAGAGGACAUGCUGGAGUGGAUCAGAGUCAUCAGAGAAAACAGCAAGACUGACAACGAGGAAUUGGGUUUCUCACGACAGGCUCUCAUCAAUAAAAAACUUAAUGACUACAGGAAGCAAAGUCCAACAGGUAAUAAACCAGAAUCCUCACCCAGAGUGUCUCGAAUGACAUUUCUGCUCAGUAAGCAAGACAACAGCGCACCCCCACGUUCCCCAAAACACGAGGCCAAAGAUGAGAGCAGCCCCCCUAAAUCUCCUUGGGGCAUAAAUAUAAUGAAGAAGGCUAAGAAAGCAAGUCCUAAAGCGUUUGGUGUGCGUCUAGAAGACUGCCAGCCUGCUACCAACAACAAGUUCAUUCCCCUGAUUGUGGAGAUCUGCUGUGGGUUGGUGGAGGACAUGGGUCUGGAGUAUACAGGGAUCUACAGAGUGCCAGGAAACAAUGCAGUAGUGUCCAGCCUGCAGGAGCAUCUCAACAAAGGAGGAGACAUCAACAUCGCUGAGGAGAAAUGGCAAGACUUGAAUGUGAUCAGCAGCCUGCUAAAAUCCUUCUUCCGUAAACUCCCAGAACCCCUCUUCACAGAUGACAAAUACAGUGACUUUAUUGAGGCCAAUCGGAUGGAUAAUGCCAGUGACAGGCUAAGGACAAUGAAGAAACUGAUACGCGAUCUACCAGAUUAUUACUUCCACACUCUUAAAUUUCUAAUUGGACACCUAAAGACUGUGGCAGACCACUCUGAGAAGAACAAAAUGGAGCCGCGUAAUUUGGCACUGGUGUUUGGCCCCACUCUUGUCCGGACCUCAGAGGACAACAUGACAGAUAUGGUCACCCACAUGCCUGACCGCUACAAGAUUGUGGAGACACUCAUUCAGCACCAUGCCUGGUUUUUCAGUGAUGAACAUGAAACAGAUGAAAAGACACCAGUGGACACAGAGGAUGUUCAGCCCGCCCCAAACAUAGAUCACCUCCUCUCUAAUAUUGGUCGGACGGGCCCACAGGGGGAGGCAUCAGACUCAACCAACAGUGAUUCUGCAAAAGUUAAGGGGUCGUGGGGAUCAAAACGUGACUUUUCUGCCAAGGAUAUCCUGACGUUAUCGAUUAUGUCUGCUGUGACCCGCAAACGCCGGAAACGGCAUAACGGCCGUCUCCUCGGCAGCAGCACAGACGACGAUUCUGAGCAUGAACCCCUAAAAUCCUGCAUCUCCGAAAAAGAUGACUUGCAAGAGAUGGGGCAGGUCGCAUCUUUCUGUGCCCCUCGAGCGGAGGGAGAAGAGGAUGAAGAAGAAGAGGAGGAGGAAGAGGAGGAGGAGGAUGAGAGACAGAAGGCACAAGAGCAAAAAGAGGAAGUAGUUCCCAGCAUUUCCUCCACAGAGGAAGCGGCACCAGCAGUGCUGCUGAGUGAGGAGGAAGAGCAAAGGUCUGAAGUGAAGGGUCGCAGCUGGAGAGGAGAUGAUGCACGGUCUAUUGUGUCAGGUUACUCUACUCUGUCCACUCUGGGGCGGAGUUUAGCAUCAGAGGGGCGCGGUGAAGAUGCAGAUGAUGAGCACAGCGAACUGGUGAGUGAAACCGAUAACGAAAGUGGAUUUGCUUCACGCUCCCUCACCCAAGAGAGGCCAGAAAAACCAAGCCGUUCAAGCCAGAACUCACACAGCUCACCCGAACCAACGGCACCGCGCAGUUUCCUCUAUGCACACUGCAAAUCACAGACACCUUCUGCUUCCUCUGGUGCAACCUUUGCUCUGCCUCCUCCUUCCCUCACAACCAGUCCUGAAGAUGGUACAGCACGUUCAUCUACUCCCUCGACCUCCUCUUACUCAUCAUCCGCUUCCCAGCGCCUCCACAGCCGCCACUCUUUUAACUCCCACCGCCUCAUACAGUGCGACACCCUCGCACGGCGUCGGCUAAAGGCAGACAAAGCCAAAGCGCCCUCGGUGGACCUUUCGGAACUGUCCAGCUCCUCCGCCACGGAGGGAGAACGGCGGUCGGGUGCAAAUCAAAUGCCUGAUUCCUCUCCGUCUCCUUCCCCAAAAGUCAAAUCCUCCUCCAAAGGGGUUAGCGUGCGAAAUGAGUGCACGGCAACAUCCACAGCCAGUUCUGGAAACUACUUGUUGUCCACUGGGCAGGGUUCCCUAGCGGAUCAGGUCCGGGCUCGUCUGAUUGGCUCGGCGGAUGAUCUACGCAGCGUCGGCCUGAGGAAGAAGCUCUCGCCGGAGACACGCCGAAAGAGACGUGCAUGGAGGAGGCACACGGUGGUGGUCUCCCCUACAGACAAUUCAGACAAAAAAACACCUGCGCCACCCCCCAAACCGCUAACUUCGCCCUCCCCUGUUGAAAAGCAGGACAUUGAAGAGUCCCGCUCAGAGACUGAAGACCCUACUGCACAUCGGGUCCUGCCUACCUCGCGCUUUCGUGAUUUCUUGUAGCAGUGAUGGUGUGUACAGGCUAGUGAACCAAGAGAGCUGGAUUUGGGUUGGGUUGUAGCUGUGUCCUCAGUAUGUUCACACUGACAGCGAUUCUGCAGUGUCCAACUGUAUCUGGUGGCGGAUGAUGUGAUUGUGCACCAUUCAACCAUUCAUCAUUCAUUGUGCACCAUUCAAAAUUGAAUUGAGAAUGAUUUUAAAUUCGAAAGUUGAACAGAAUUUCAAUUGAGGUAGCAAAUAGAAUUGAAAUUUGAAUUUAAUUAAAUAGAAUUAUAAUGAACUGAAAUUCAAAUAAAACUACAGCAAGGGCAUUUUCAGACCUGUAGACUGUUUCACAAGGCAACAUUUCACUUACCAAAAUGUGUUUAUGCAAGUCACAUGUGUGUAAAACUGUCCUCUCAUUGGUCAGAUCGUACCUGUUCAUGUUCCUGGAAACACCAAUCGUGUCAUCCAUUAGAAUGGAUUGUUACACACACUCAUAUGUUUGAAUAUACAGUGGGGGAAAUAUUUAUUUGACCCCCUACUGAUUUUUGCCCACUUACAAAAAAAGUGAAGGGUUUGUCACCUUUAUGAUCAGUUUAUUUUAUUGUAUAGAGAGAAUACCAACCAACCAAAAAAAAAAACUGAAAAAACACAUUAUAUAAAGGUUAGAAUUGAUUUGCAUUUCAGUGAGUGAUAUAAGCAUUUGAUCCCCAAGCAAAACAUGAUUUAGGACUUGGUGCAGAAACCCUUGUUGACAAGCACAGAAGUAAGACAAUUUUUGUCUUAGUGUGUUACCAAUGUUUUGCUUGGUAACUGUGGUCCCAACUGCCUUAAGAUCAUUAACAAGCUCCUCCCAUGUAGUUCGGGGCUGAUCCCUCACCUUUCUCAUGAUUAUCCUUACCCCAUGAGAC